AUGAGGAGGCGGAGGUCGGCGCUCCGGUCCGUCUCUGCCCGGGGCUGUGGCGGUGCCGGCAGCUCCAGCCUUAGCGGUUCCUCCCUAGGUGGUGGCGGCGGCGGCUCCAUCGACGCCUCUUCCGCCAGCUGAGCCCGCGGGCAGCCGGGACGCCGCUUCCCCGCCCAUCCUCUCUCCGCUUCCCGAGGCCGGCCGCCUGGCCAUGGCGCAGCCCGGCCCGGCUUCCCAGCCUGACGUGCUAGAGAAUGAUUUAAAAGAAGCAGACAUGAUGCAGUAUCAGGAAGUAAUAUGUGAUGUCCCCAAAGAGAUGCCCAGGUUGAAAUACAAGUUUCUCUUCAGCAACGAGUAGCAGAAUUGGAAAAAAUUAAUGCAGAAUUUUUGCGUGCACAACAGCAGCUUGAGCAAGAAUUUAAUCAAAAAAGAGCAAAAUUUAAGGAACUGUAUUUGGCUAAAGAGGAGGAUUUGAAGAGACAAAAUGCAGUUUUACAGGCUGCACAGGAUGAUUUGGGACACCUUCGGACACAACUAUGGGAAGCUCAGGCAGAGAUGGAGAAUAUUAAGGCUAUUGCCACAGUGUCUGAAAAUACUAAGCAGGAAGCUAUAGAUGAAGUGAAAAGGCAGUGGAGAGAAGAAGUUGCUUCACUUCAAGCUGUUAUGAAAGAAACAGUUCGAGACUAUGAACACCAGUUUCACCUUAGGCUAGAGCAGGAGCGAGCACAAUGGGCACAGUAUCGAGAGUCUGCAGACCGGGAAAUAGCUGACCUACGACGACGCCUGUCUGAAGGACAAGAGGAAGAAAAUUUAGAAAAUGAAAUGAAAAAGGCCCAAGAGGAUGCUGAGAAACUUCGGUCUGUUGUGAUGCCCAUGGAGAAGGAAAUUGCAGCUUUGAAAGAUAAACUGACAGAGGCCGAAGACAAAAUUAAAGAGUUGGAAGCCUCAAAGGUUAAAGAACUGAAUCAUUAUUUGGAAGCAGAAAAAUCUUGUAGAACUGAUCUAGAAAUGUAUGUUGCUGUUUUGAAUACUCAGAAAUCUGUUCUACAAGAAGAUGCUGAGAAAUUGCGCAAAGAAUUGCAUGAAGUUUGCCAUCUCUUGGAGCAAGAGCGACAACAGCACAACCAGUUAAAACAUACAUGGCAGAAGGCCAAUGACCAGUUUCUGGAAUCUCAGCGUUUGCUAAUGAGAGACAUGCAGCGAAUGGAGAUUGUGCUAACUUCAGAGCAGCUCCGACAAGUAGAAGAACUGAAGAAGAAAGAUCAGGAGGAUGAUGAACAACAAAGGCUUAAUAAGAGAAAGGAUCAUAAAAAAACAGAUGCUGAGGAAGAAGCAAAAAUACCAGUAGUGUGUGCUUUAACUCAAGAAGAAUCUUCAGCCCAGUUAUCAAAUGAAGAGGAGCAUUUAGACAGCACCCAUGGGUCAGUCCAUUCCUUAGAUGCGGACUUACUUUUACCAUCUGGAGAUCCAUUCAGUAAAUCGGACAAUGACAUGUUUAAAGAUGGACUCAGGAGAGCACAGUCUACAGACAGUUUGGGAACCUCAGGCUCAUUGCAGUCCAAAGCUUUAGGCUAUAACUAUAAAGCAAAAUCAGCUGGAAACCUGGAUGAAUCCGAUUUUGGACCCCUGGUGGGAGCAGAUUCAGUGUCUGAGAACUUUGAUACUGCAUCCCUCGGAUCAUUACAGAUGCCAAGUGGGUUUAUGUUAACCAAAGAUCAGGAAAGAGCAAUCAAGGCAAUGACACCAGAACAAGAGGAGACGGCAUCCCUCCUCUCCAGCGUCACCCAGGGUAUGGAGAGUGCAUAUGUAUCUCCCAGUGGUUACCGCUUAGUCAGUGAGACAGAAUGGAAUCUUCUGCAAAAAGAGGUACAUAAUGCUGGAAAUAAACUUGGUAGACGUUGUGAUAUGUGUUCCAAUUAUGAAAAACAGUUACAAGGAAUUCAAAUUCAGGAAGCUGAAACAAGAGACCAGGUGAAAAAACUGCAGGUGAUGCUAAGGCAAGCUAAUGACCAGCUGGAGAAGACAAUAAAAGAUAAACAGGAUCUAGAAGACUUUAUCAAACAGAGCACUGAGGACUCAAGUCACCAGAUCUCUGCACUUGUCUUGAGAGUCCAAGCAUCCGAAGUUUUACUUGAAGAAUUACAACAAGGCUUUUCUGAGGCAAAGAGAGAUGCCCAGGAGCAGAUGGCUGUGCUGAUGCAGUCACGGGAACAGGUUUCAGAGGAGCUGAUGAGGUUACAGAAGGACAACGACAGCCUUCAAGGAAAGCAUAGCUUGCAUAUGUCACUACAACAAGCAGAAGACUUCAUCCUCCCGGACACUGUGGAGGUACUCCGGGAACUGGUGUUAAAAUAUCGUGAGAACAUCAUUCAUGUUCGGACCGCAGCAGACCACAUGGAAGAGAAGCUGAAGGCUGAAAUACUGUUCCUAAAAGAGCAAAUUCAAGCAGAACAGUGUUUAAAAGAAAACCUUGAAGAAACUCUGCAGCUAGAAAUAGAAAAUUGCAAGGAGGAAAUAGCUUCCAUCUCUAGUCUAAAAGCUGAAUUGGAAAGAAUAAAAGUAGAAAAAGGACAGUUGGAAUCCACAUUAAGAGAGAAGUCUCAACAGCUUGAGAGUCUUCAGGAGAUAAAGGUCAAUUUGGAAGAACAGUUAAAGAAAGAGGCUGCAGCCAAGGUUGCUGUUGAACAACUAAUGUUUGAAGAGAAGAACAAAGCUCAGAGAUUACAGACAGAAUUAGAUGUCAGCGAACAGGUCCAGAGAGAUUUUGUAAAGCUUUCUCAAACACUUCAGGUGCAGUUAGAGCGGAUCAGGCAAGCAGACUCCUUGGAGAGAAUCCGGGCAAUUCUGAAUGACACCAAACUGACAGACAUUAACCAGCUUCCUGAGACAUGACACCCUGAGGCAGGAUUCUAGUCUGCACUUUGGGUUUUUAACUCAUCCUUAGAACAUUAAUUAUUAACUCUUAAUGAAGCAGAAGUCACAAACAAAAAAGGACUGGAGAAGUGCUCAUUUCUAGUGGGAGAAAACUGUACAGCACAGGAACAGCCAACACACUUCCAACGGAACACUAACAGGAUUCUGCACUUGAUCCCAACAGGCAUGGGAUCAGCUCUGGUGAUAGAAGAAGUGCUGUGUCCUUACCUGCUUUCUUCAGUAUAGCUCUCUGGAACACAUUUCCCUGUCCUAAAGGAACUUCCCAGUAGUGUUUGGAAUGACCUUUUCUGUUUAUAGAUACCAGGAGAGAGAAGUUUCUUUUUCUGUUGUCUAGAGCUCAUCAGUAGCUGUGUUCAGCUAGCAGAGGUAUAGUGUGCUGUAUGAAUAUUUUAUAUUAAAAUACAAAGUGAGAGCAGGCCAUUGGCUAUUGACUGUAUUUCCCUCACCCUGUGAAUUUUCUUUAUACUAUUUUAUCUUACUUCGGAAGACCUUAAAUGCUACUGAAACUUGCCUAAGAACCAUAAGACUAUGGCAAACCAGACCACUUCAAGAACAAAAUUAAGGGAUUUGUAAACUUGGCAGAGGCCAAAUCUAUUGGGAGUUUAAGGAAAAGCACAAGAAACUGUUUGGAAGCACUUUUUUUCUGCACAUCUGGAUAAUCUUUGUGGGCCAGCUGGCACCAGGGUGAAGCUGAAUGGCACCAUCUACUCCAUUUUGAAGUGUUUUAGUUUAGUUAUUGGAUCAGUGAAAAAAAUGUUAAAACAAGCUAUCUCUGACAACAUCUAGUAAUACAUUUAUAAACCUGCUUAUCUUCAGCUUUAAUCAAAGGGCAUGGAUGUGGUUUCAAAAGUGUCACAAAAUGGUGAUGAGGUUUGACAGAUCUAUUUUUUAAAACUAUAAUUUAGAUCUGGAGUAUUAAGUGAUAGCACUUAGGAUGAAGUUGGGGAAAACAGGAAAAUAUGAUUUGUUUGUAAAUCUCCUCUUUUAUCAAGAGGUGAGAUGCCUUGUCUGGGUGGACAAAGCCUGAGCAAGACAGGCUGUCUACACAGCUUGAUGGAGUGCAGAAGCAAGGGGAAUGGACUAACUUCACUGCUUACUGUUGCAGUGCUGUCCCAACGCAGCUAUUAUGUUUAAUUGUAUUACAAUGUUUAAUUCAUUAUAGAGAUGGCUCAAAAGUAAAAAAUGUUUGUUCAAGAAGUGUUUAUGAUUAUGCUGCAUAACAGUGGGUCCCUAAAGAAAUCUUAUAGGAAUUAGUGAACUGAUUUUUGUUCACUUAAAGCCACCAUCAACUUACAAGUAACUUUGUUACAAAUGAAGUCAUUAUGAAUUUGCCCUAAAGACCUUUACUUGUUUUCUUCCAUAGAACAAAUGAAAAGGAUUAUAUUACCUCAUCCCAAGGCCUAUUUUUAUAGUCUUACAUUCAUGAUUAUAAAUUUAAAAGUAUCAAUUAUAGAAAUAGUGCUAAAAGCUUGCCAUGCAUGAAACUAUUUUAAUGGUUUAAAGUCUCUGUAUAACAAAGUACUACUUGGUUUAAAGGGAAAAUAUAGUUACAAGGAAUUUUAUUAUAAAAUGUGAUUAAAUUAUGUAGGUAUAAGACUACUCCCAUGAAUAGGCCCAAUACUAAUUUGUUUUAGAUUAUUAAAAAUGAGCAUUAUCAAUCACAAUGGGUAAUUCAUAAUCUUUCUGAAGUAUCCAGGUAAACUGUCCUGUUGAGACUGAGCGUCUUACAGACACUGCUCUGAAAGAUGAGUACUGGGCCAAUGGAAUACUGUAGACUGUGGCCGAUGAAAACUUGAAAUCCACACAACAGAAUGAUACUGAGGAAAGCCUAAACAAACUCUCUAGGUUUAAACAACCUAUUUCUGGGAUGAGAACACUGUGACACUAUGCAGAUAAGAAACAAUUCUGUAAACUUGAGUGUUUUUUUGCAUAAAUGGGAUCUGCACUAUGAACACCAAAGUUCAUCAAAAAGAUCAGUUAGGCUUCAAGUGUUCCUGUGCUUAUAUUCCGUCUGUACACCUGUUCUCGCAUGUCUAAACUGACUUACCUCUUACCUGUAACACACCUUACCAUAUGGCUUUUAAUUGGCAGUCACACAGCCAUUUCUCCACAGGUGCAGUCUUGCCUUUCAGAGCUCAUAAUGGCAAGCAUAUAAAGAUGACCUAAAGCUGAGGACAAAACCACUCAUAUACUACAUACCAAGCUAUUUUCUUUUUCCCUUUUAGGUAUUAAAACUUGCACUGUGCGCGCACUCAGUAGACACAGAGCACAGCCAAACUUAGCUCUGAAAGGUAAACAGUGCCUGUGAGGAAGUGAGCCAGCAGUGGCCCUGCAGUUGUGGAUCUGGAGCUCUGCUCUGAGCACACUGCAGCUGUAACCAUUUGUUGAUGGUACGGAAGGUGAACCCUUAAGAAAGUGUUCAAAUUAAAAGAGCUGCUGCCAAGU